AUGGGGGGCUGCUGGCAACAAGCGGGGCGGACAGGGGCGUGCGCGUUGUCGUGCCUGGCAAUAGACGCGAGCGGGGGGCUGCUGGCGACAGGCGGGGCGGACAGGGGCGUGCGAGUGUGGGACGCACACCCCGCGCCAGUGUCGUGCCUGGCAAUAGACGCGAGCGGGGGUCUGUUGGCGACAGGCGGUGCAGACAGGGGCGUGCGAGUGUGGGACCUUGAGGCGAAUGCAUGCACGCACUCGUUCACGGGCAUGGGGGGCGUGCUGUCGCAAGUGGCAUUCCAUCCCGACCCGAAUCAGCUCCUGCUGGUGGGAGCAUCAGAGAGCGGAUUAGUGCGCGUGUGGGAUCUGGUCACCAAGCGCCCAGCAGCCUCUCUGGAUAAGCACUUCUCCACCGUCACUGCCAUCGCCUUUUCACCGUCCGGAUGGCUGCUGCUCACUGCUUCCCGUGACAAGGUUGUCAACAUUUGGGAUAUUCGCACCUACGCCCACGUCACCACCAUCCCCGUUUUUGAGUCCCUCGAAGGCCUCGCUAUAGUCACACCCCCUAUAGCCCCAGACUUUCCUGCCAUUCCCCCCACUGCUGCUGCCGCUGCUGCUGGGGGGGAAGCAGGAGGGGGAAAGGGGGAGAAGGGGAGGAAGGGGGAGAAGGGGAAGAAGAGUAGGGAGGAGAUGGGGGAGAAAGAGGUGGUGUGGUUUGUGAGUGUGGGAGAGAGGGGUGUGAUGCGGUUGUGGCGGUCCGACAAGUCAACGGCGGUCCUGGAGCAACGGGCAGCUGAGGUGGCGGGCGGGCAGCAGAAAACGGGCGCGGCAGAGGCCAAUGAGGAGGCGCCAGCUGGCGGCGGGUUUUUGUCGGCACAGUUUUUGGGCUUGGAUGGAGGAGGGAAGGGAGGGUGCAGGUUACUGUGUACCACUGCAGAUCAACGGCUGCUGAUAUAUCAGCCUGUCAAUGUGACUGUAACGAAGCAGCAGCAGCAGCAGCAGCAGUUUCUUGCCGUGUGUCAGCAGCUGAUUGGUCAGAAUGACGAGAUCGUGGACGUGCGAUUCGUCCUUGAUCCCUCCUCCUCUUCUUUCGAUGCAGUGGGAGAGGGAGAUGAGGACGAGGAGGAGGCUGAGAGGGUAGGGAUGGGAAGGGAGGGAGAGGAGGGUGAGGAGGGAGAGGAGGGAGUGGACGGAGGGGAGGGGAUAAGGAAGGCGUUGAGAGGGGUGGAGAGGAAUCUCCAGCUGGCGGUGGCGACCAAUAGCGAGCAAGUGCGCGUGUACGACGUGGCGACCGCCAGCUGUCACCGCUCCCUGGUUGGCCACUCGGACAUUGUGCUCUGCAUCGACGCUUACCCACACCCCUGCUCCGUGUCACGUGCACUUCUUGCCUCCCCUGCUGCUGCUGCUGCUGCUGCUGCUGAUGGCGCUGCUGGUGGUGCUGCUAGUGCUGGUGGCGAUGGUAGCGGCUCUUCAGAUUUGGUUCCGGUUUCUCUGCUCGCCUCGUCUGCUAAAGAUCACUCUGUAAGCAACUCGCUCUUCUACUCGUGCUCUUCCGCGCCCAUUCUCCACCGCUCUCCCCCUCCCCUUCUAACCUUUCCACAUGCCCCUCCCCCCCUUCCAAUACGCCCCUUGCCCCUCCUCCCGCCCUUCGAGUGCACUUGCAGUGCAUUUGUGCUGGUGCGGGUUUGGGACGUCACCACUGGCACCUGUCUAGCAAUGGGAUCAGGACACGUGGCAGCAGUUGCUGCUGUGGCGUUCUCUCAGAGGCCGCCGCCAGAUCAGCCAACAGGAGGGAAAGGGGGAGGGGCAGGGCCCUUCUUGGUAUCUGGUUCCAGUGAUCGCACGCUCAAAGUCUGGCCGCUCGCGCUCCUCCUCUCCUCCUCAGCAGCAGCGCUGCCUCGCGGGAGGGGCGGCGUGCUGCGUCUCAAGUCAGGUGCUACAGUGGCGGCACACGACAAGGACAUCAACGCUGUAGCUGUGGCUCCCAAUGAUGGCCUUGUCUGCUCUGGCUCCCAGGACCGCACGGCCAAGGUGUGGCGCCUGCCUGAUUUGUCCCUGUCUGUGACUCUACGAGGCCACAAGCGUGGCGUGUGGAGCGUCGCCUUCUCCCCCGUGGACCGCUGUGUGCUCACGGCAUCGGGGGACGCCACGUGUCGCAUCUGGGCCUUGGCAGAUGGCAGCUGCUUGCGAACGCUGCAGGGCCACGAGGCGAGCGUGCUGAAAGCGAUAUUCGUGACCCGAGCGUCGGGGGACGCCACGUGUCGCAUCUGGGCGCUGGCAGACGGCAGCUGCUUGGGAACCCUUCAGGGGCACGAGGCGAGUGUGCUGAAGGCCAUCUUUGUCACCAGAGGCACUCAGUGGGAUGGGUGCAUCUGGGCGUUGGCAGACGGCAGGCAGCUGCUUGAGAACCCUUCAGGGGCACGAGGCAUCGGUGCUGAAGGCGAUAUUCGUUACCAGAGGCACGCAGGUGGUGUCAACGGGUGCAGAUGGGCUGCUGAAGCUGUCACACUCCCCCACUCUCCCUGCUCUUCUCACUUCGUCCCCUCCCCCUCCCUCGUUCUCGCUUACCCCCAGGUGGUGUCAACAGGAGCAGACGGGCUUCUGAAGCUAUGGAGUGUGAAGGGCGGGGAGUGUGUGAACACGUUCGAUGAGCACGAGGAUAAGAUAUGGGCGCUGGCAGUGAGCCCAGGGUCGGAGAUGCUGGCGACAGGUGGCAGCGACUCAUUGGUGCACGUGUGGCAGGACUGCACGCAGCAGGAGCAGCAAGAGGCGGCUCUGGAGCAGGUGAAGGCGGUGCAGCAGGAGCAGGCGAUGCGCAACGCGGCUGUAGCGGAGGACUAUGUGACGGCGCUACAGCUGGCGCUGCAGCUGCAGCGACCCGCCACCAUGGCCGCGCUGCUCUCCGACCUCAUGAAGAAGGAAGGUGCAGAGGAGAGGAUAGGAGGGGCAGUGGCAGGGUUGGAGCUAUCGCAGCUGCGGCAGCUGCUGCUGUAUGCACGCGAGUGGAACACCAACGCUAAGCUGUGUCUGUCCGCUCAGAGACUGCUGGCUGCUGUGCUGAAGCACCACCCUCCGUCAACGCUCAUGCAGAUCCCAGGAAUCGGGGAGAUUUUGGAUGGGCUGCAGCCAUACACGCAGCGCCACCUGGCGCGUCUUGAGCGCGUGCUGCGCAGCUCCUACCUCGUUGACUACACUCUCGCCGCCCUCACCAUGCUACAGCCGACCGCUGACCUGGCGGUGCAUGCUGACGUGGUGCUACAGCCGGGAGCUGAGCUGGCACUGACGGGUGGCAAAGCUGCCCUGGCGCUACAGGCCAAAUCUGCCGCCCAGGAGAGGCCGUCUGGAUUGGAAGUAUUGAAGGAGAAGGUGAGGAGGGAGAGUGAGAGGAGGGAAAGAGGUGAGAGAGGGGGAGGGGAGGAGGGGAAGGGAGAUGGGAGUGAGAAGGGUGGGGGUGACUAUAGCGAGGUGGAUGCUGCUAUGAAGAUGUGGAGGUAUCUGGAGAGUAAGAGAGAGGAGGGAUUGAAAGGGAAGGAGGGUAAGGGAGAGGGAGAGGAAGAGGAGAGGGAGGAUGGGGAAGAGGAGAAGGAGGAAGGAGAGGAGGAAAGGGAGGAAGGAGAGGAGAAUGGAGGGGAAGUAGAGGGGAGUGAGGAGGAAGAGGAGGAUGUUGAAGGGGAGGAGGUCGAGGAGGAGGAAGAAGAGGAAGAGCAGGAAGAGGGGGAAGAGUCAGAGGAAGAGGUGGAUGAAGAGGAGGGGGAAGAGGAAGGAGAAGAGGAAGGAGAAGAGGAAGAGUCAGAAGAUGCAGAAGAAGGGAGCGGGGAGGAGGAAGAGAAGCGAGUGGGUGCCGGUCACAAGACCUCAGUUCAAACAACACACAAGGGACCAGCAGCACAGAAGCGAGCUUCCAAGAGCGGACCACGCGCAGCAGCAAUGCAUGCUGUUCCGAGCAAGAAGCAGAGGAUGAGAUGA